UUCAACCUCGAGGCCUCCCUUCUGCCUAUCCGUCUCCUCCUUGCUAUUCCUGUGAUUCAUACGCUUUCACACUUCAGAGUGUUGGUCCUUUGCUUCCUCCCUUGUCUUCCACGUGUUGAGUCUAUAUAUCUCCAGCGUUCGAGCAACAUCUCCAAGCACAUCAAUUGCCAACCCCGCAAAAGCACGAUAGCAACCAUGUCGUCGUCGAUAGCCAUCCCCAAGCGCAAGCAGCCCAGUACUGACAGCUCUGGUUUCGCUUCUUCAUCUUCGUCGUCCCCUUAUCCGAGCUGGGCCAACAACGCUCCAUUCUCACCCUCAUCUCUGGCCUCGACGUCGGCUUCCCCGUCCUCGGCCUCGACUCCGUCAUCCAUGACCCGAUACGCCGAAAGAAGGCCCUCGCUGCUCGGUGACUCGCUCUCCAAGUCCGAGUACACUGUCGUCAACAUUGGCGGACCCGAGGCUCCUCGUCUGAUCACAUGUAUCAAAACAUCCCAGGGCUUCGACUGGAACCAGGAGAUCUUCCUCCCAUCCUAUCUCGACUACGACUCGACCGGCCUCGAGCACAGACCUGACCCUGUACACAACAUCCAUCUUACCGACGAGGAGGCCGCCGCCAUCUUCCCUAAAUAAAGGAGCAACAGCAACAACUACAAUACAACGAUACUGAGAAACAUGAUGAUGAUAAUGGAAUAUUGGCGUUAUGGAUAAGGGGAAGCACAAGGCACACAUACGGGAUACCGAGGUUUUGUUUUCUAGUUUUCUUGUUCUCCUACAACGCAUGGAGUUUACAUCUUUUGGAGGCUACCAUGCAGACGGUCAGGUAUAUAUAAGGCUCUCAAGGCAAAGCGAAGCACAGAGGGCGCUACGGAAGAAGGGCAGUGCUGAUUUCGGACGGACGGGCUCCUUUAGCAUUACCGGCUAGCUUAUAGAAUGGGUCUGAAUUGAUUUCCUCUUUUUCUCUUUU